AUGUUUGAUCAUGUAUCAAUAUCAGUUCUUUUUGUCAACCUGUCUUCACAAUCAUUUACACCAACCACAGACGUUCUUCAAGGAUCAGUCCUCAGUCCACAUUCAUAUUCUAUAUAUAUUAACUCCCUGCCACCUUUACUACGCACAGUUACCACAUCAUCUUCUGCAUUGUAUAUACCAUCACCAUCACCAUCUUCUCUGGAUGACUACAAUACAUUGCUUUCUCCUUCUGGUGUAACUGGCUUUGGUCAUAUAAUGACUCCAACAUCUGUCAACUCUUUGCUCUUUGCAGAUGAUGUUGCAAUCUUUGGCUCAACUAGAGAUGUUCAAGACAUGCUUGACCUUGUAGUACAACACUCAUUUUCUUUGGGAUACAGGUGGAGUCCAUCCAAGUGUGCAAUUAUAUAUCUAAAAACAAGAUCACCACAACCACCGGCUUUAACAUUGUAUGGUGAAUUUCUCCCAGCAGUAGAGGAAUUUAUCUAUCUUGACAUGCCAUUUAGAGACAAAGGCAUCUAUGCACCAUCAAUUGUCACACACAGGUGUUCUGGAACAAUAGCAACCAUGGCAACCCUUAACUCAGUUGGUGCAUGUCGAUCUGAAUUCUCCCUCCUGCUUAGCUCCAGACUUUACAAAACAUUUGUGUGCCCCAAGUUUGAAUAUGGGCUAGCUAUAUCGUCUAUGUUACUCAAAGAUAUUGCCAACCUAGAAAAAAUUCAAAACAAAUUCCUCAGAAUGAUAGUGGGUGGCCAUGCAACUUCUUCUACUGUUGUCCUAAAGCAUAUUUGCAAUCUUCCUAGUAUCCAAUUCCGUUGGGACACACUGAUUAUCAAGUUCUGUAUUAGAGCCAAUUCUCUUCCCUCUGGUUGUCUACUUUCCUUAAUUCAUCAGCACCAUCCUCAGUUCUCUUCUUUGCCUUUACUUUGCCAGAACAAGCUGCAUUUCAGUAUUACAGCUAGGGUUAAUCCCAGAUUGCCAACAGCUCUCCAGAAGUACUUUGACAAGUUCAGACAAGAGAAAUAUGAUGCAUUUCGUUUGGAUAACAACAAGAUCCUAUUGCAAGCUUGCCAUCCCAUUCUGUAA